CUUUCUCUAAUCAGCGUGCAGGCAAAUCUCCCGCCCACGGCGCUCAGUGUGAGGCGGAGAGUGCAGAGCUUUGCUGUUUGCUGUUGAAUUGCUUUAACUCCACUUCUGUUUCGGGUGUUGUGCGUCUAUUCAAAUGAAGCUCCUCCUCCUCCAGUGAAGCUCCUCCUCCUCCAGUUCAGCUGUAAACACUGUGAUAUUCCCAUCAGGCUCCAGUGAAGAGUUUAUUGAAGGACAGCGAGAACAUGAGUGAUCCAGAACCCUGCAGAAUUAAACAUGAAGACACUGAACAACAAAUAGACCAAAUUGAAGAGUAUGAGGAGAUUAAAGAGGAGGAACAUCAUGUCAAAAUUGAGGAAAAAACUCAUUUACAGACUGAUGAUAGUUUGAAAAGGAAUAACGGGAAACAUGUAAUAUGCACCCAGUGUGGGAAAGGUUUGGGAAGAAAAAGCAUACUUAAGAUUCACAUGAGGAUCCACACUGGAGAGAGACCGUACACAUGCACUCAGUGCGGGAAGAGCUUCAGCCAAUCAUCACACCUUAGUCUACACAUGAUGAGCCACACUGGAGAGAGACCAUUCAAAUGCACUCUGUGUGAGAAGAGUUACAGCCAAUCAUCACACCUUAAUCAACACAUGAGGAUCCACACUGGAGAGAGACCAUACGCAUGCACUCAUUGUGAGAAGAAAUUUAUUCUGUUAUCAAACCUUAAUCAACACAUGAGGAUCCACACUGGAGAGAAACCAUUCACAUGCACUCAAUGUGGGAAGAGUUUUAAUCAUCCAUCAGCCCUUAAUGCCCACAUGAUGAGCCACACCGGAGAGAAACCAUACACAUGCACUCAGUGUGGCAAGAGUUUCUCUCAAUUAUCACACCUUAAUGAUCACCUGAGGAGCCACACCGGAGAGAAACCAUUCACGUGCACUCAGUGUGGGAAGAGUUUCUCUCAUUUAUCAUCCCGUAAUAAACACCUGAAGAUCCACACCGGAGAGAAACCGUUCACAUGCACUCAUUGUGGCAAGAGAUUCUCUCAUUUAUCACCCCUUAAUGAUCACCUGAGAAUACACACCGGGGAGAAACCAUUCACCUGCACUCACUGUGGAAAGAGUUACACUCAUUCAUCAACCCUUAGAAAACACCUGAGGAUCCACACUAGAGAAACUGUGCGUCUGCAGUAUACCUGGCCCUGACGUUGGGAAAGCCUAUUCAUUCAUCUUGUGUAUUUGCUUCUGAUUUAAGAUUCUUUGUAGUAUACUACGUUUACUUUUUUGAGUGGAUUCAGCUCUCAUGUUGCUGCAUAUAGUAAAGCACAAGGGCUGUGCUUUCCCAGGGAAACUAACAGUAUGUGUGACAAACGAGUGCUGCUGUGGGUGAAAGUUGAAAUCGUUAUAUUUUCACAUGGCUUCUAACAUGCGGUGCUGCAAAAGACUCGAGUGUAUAAUGGUCACGCAUGUCCAUAAACAAUGGAAAUAUAAGAUAUUUCAGAAAGAAAUCGCCUGCUACUUGGUAGGUACUGCAUUUGAAUUUUAAAUGUACUACUCUGCCGUUAGAAAAGUACAUUCUAUAUCAUGUCAUUGUUUGCUACUUAUCAGGGGCUGGGCCAUAGGGGCAGCAGUCUCAGCAGGAAACCCCAGAAUUCCCUUUCCCAAGAAACCUCCUCUGGGGUAUUAGAGUAAGAUAAUAGACUGACUAGAAAAUUGAGAACUCUGCCUUUAGGCUCAGCUCCUUCACCACAACAGACCAAUACAUCAACCGCAUUACUGCUGCCGCUGCACCGAUCUGCCUUUCAAUCUCCUGCUCCAUCUUUCCCUUACUCCUGAACAGAACCCCAAGGUACUAGAACCCCAUCAGUGUUAAGGCUGACUUGUACUUCUGCGUUGAGUAAUCGCCGUGAUUUCGGUGCCUACCUUCUGCAUAGUCGUGCAUUUAUACUUCUGUUUGUGUUGCUCUGCAAUAACCCUUCUGCAAUGUGAGCUGUCUUUAGGUUUCUAUGUACUUCUGUGUCGAGUUUCUUCACAGGUGUGAAUGCUUUUGUUGUAAACAGUGUUUGUGUGGAACUGCUUGCAAAUCUUGAGGCACAAGAUGGUUCACCAGAAUCUCUUUGCGGCUGACCAGGUAGUCAUUUUCCAUAGUCUCCCUGAAUUCUUUUUAGUUUAGCCCAACUGCUCUGACUACAGCACACUUGGGCUGUAAGUACCUAUCAGCUGACUCAGGAGUCCUACAAGCCAGCCAAGCCUGGUAGGACUCCUUCAGUUUAAUGGCAUGCUUUCUGGUGUCCACCACCAGGUUUGUAGAGUGUUGCAGGGAACUGGUCACUGGAACAAGUCUUCUGUAGGUAACAGUUGAAAAUGCUUCUGCCAUGUGGUUCAGCCAGACAUUCCCAGAGGACCCCCACAAUAUGUUUAGGCCUGCCAGGUCUGUCUGCUCUUUUCCUUUGUCAGUGGAUCCAGCUCACCACCCUAUGCCCUUCUCUUUACACAAGUUUCAAGACAUACAAUCAGAGAUCAGAUGAAACAAUCACAAAGUCGAUAAUUGACCUCUGGCCUAGUGUGUGCCAUGUGCACUGAUGGACACCCCUUAUGCUCAAACAUGGUGUUUGCUAUGGAAAAACUGACUAGCACAGAAGUCCAACAACAGGACACCAUUCGGAUUCAGAUCUGGAAGGUCAUUCCUCCAAAUCACACCUUUCCAGUUAUUACUGUCAUUACCUACAUGGAUGUUAAAGUCCCCUAGUAAAACAACAGAUUCCCUAGUCACGGCACCUCUCAGCAUCCCUCUGAAGGACUCCAAGAAAGGGUACUCUACACUGGUUGGGGCUCAUAUGCAAGUGGCUGGGUUUUAAUCCCAUGGAACCCUGCCAUGCUCAACUCGAAGGAGCAAUGUGGGACCAACCUCCUGCAGCCCCACCACCUGCAGGGGCAGCUGUAAGGUGCUGGUGUAUUGUGGAAUGAGUGGUAGUCGAAAGUCAGGACCACAACAACCCAAUUAUCAGGCACAGAAACUGGCUCUUGGGACAUGGAAUGUCUCCUUACUGUGAGGGAAGGAGACCAAGCUGGUGCCGGAGGUUGAAUGGUAUCGACUAGAGAUAGCCAACUUCACCUAUGGAUCUCAACUUUCUGACAAGGGCUGGACUUCUACUCUGGAGUUGCCCACAGUGAGAGGCCUAGCUACGAUGUGUUGAGAGUUUUCCCUGAGUGAAAAAAAAUUUCACCCUGGCCUUGGAGUCCUUGGGAGGGGUGUUGUCUAGCAUAAGGUGCUCAGACUGAGGACUCCAUUGUUCUACCGGGGGGAUUCAAUGCCCACAUAGGUAAUGACAGUGGUACCUGGAGAAGUGUGAUUGGGAGGAACAGCCUCCCUGAUCUGAAUCUGAGUGGUGUUCUGUUUUUGGACUUCUGUGUUUUUCACAGUUUGUCCAAAACAAACAUCCCCAGGACACCCUAGGGUGGUGGUCGAUGAUCGACUUAUUGGUUGCAUCAUCUGAACUUUGCACAUAUGUUUUGGACACUCGGGUAAAGAGAGGGGCAGAACUGUCAACUGAUCACCACGUCUGGCUGAACCACAAUAAAUGUUCAACUCACCUCCGGAAGAGCUUUGACUAGAUCCCAAGGAAGGCUGGAGACCCUGAGACUGAGUAGUUCAUGUCCUCCAACUCCAUUGUUGACGCAGCGGUGAGGAGCUUUGCCUGUAGGGCCUGUCGAGGUGGCAAUCCACGAACCCGGUGGUGGACACCAGUCAAGCUGAAGAAGGAGUCCUACCAGACUUGGUUGGCUUAUAGGACUCUCAAAACAACUGAUGGGUACAGACAGGCCAAGCUUACUGUCGCCUGGGAAGAGUUUGUGAAGACCAUGAAGGAAGACUACCAGUCAGCCUCAAAGAGAUUCUGGCAAACCGUCCAGCAUCUCAGGAGGGAAAGCAGUUCCGAGUAUGCCCAAACUGUCCACAUGUGAAGAAGGCAUUCCACUAUCUGUUUCUAGCGUUACAGCGCAUAUCUGACCAUACCCCUGCAGUGUGCAUUUCCUAGGGUGUAAACUAAGAAGUUUAUGAUGACAUUGAGAGGGUGUUUUUUUUUGUGGAUCUGCUCUACAAAUUUAACAAACACAUUUUGUUUUGUUUUAAUUAUGAAUAUAAACAAAUAAAAUAGACCCUUUUCAUGUCUGUGCCUCAUUAAUAUGACCAAAAAUGACUUUUUGUUCAAUCAAGUUAAGAAUUCACUUGCGCGUAUGUAUGCUAAUGGACCCCGGGGGUUAAUGUAACAAAAUCUAACUAAACAUGAUCUGAUUUAUUUUACAUCAAUGUGCAUCAAAAUUAAAGAUUGUAGUCAAUGUU